AUGGGUCCACUAUGGCGCAUGAUUUGUUUUCCCAGGUUUCUGCGGCUGCGACAUACGCCGGAAAUUCAUACUUCACCCAAGAAAGAAUCCUCUCAUGAUUCUUCGGUUGAAGUCGUGACAGACAAUAAUGAUGCGAGUUCGACAUUGGGCUUCUCACUGGGUGAGACCGAGAUUGGUGGCGUUGGCAAAUUUAAUGGCCAUCAAUCUACAACUGAAAGCUCAUCUCCACAAUCAUCUAGCAAUUCACCAGAUGGCGUAUAUCCCCAAGACGAAAGGAUUGUCUCUUCCCCUGCGAGGGCAUAUGACCUCUUCGAACUCACCCCGGGUGCUGUUCGCCUCGUCAAGGUCUCGCCAAAGGCACAGCAUGAAUCCACACAUUGUUUGUUGUCCCGCUCGACCACGUCCUCCAGCUACAUUGCACUCUCAUACGUGUGGGGGAUAUCACCGGGUCUAUCCACUGUCAAACUCGAAUGUGACGAAGCUUUGGGCAGAACCACAGAGUCCAAGGUGCGGCACAACCUGUCGACGUUUCUCGAGGUCGCCGGGUCUCUCUACCCCGAAUCGCAUUUCUGGAUCGACGCGCUGAGCAUAGACCAAACCAACGUCGACGAACGGAACCACCAAGUCCAGCAAAUGGGAGAAGUAUAUGCCCGUGCCGAAAAGGUCUUGAUCUGGCUCGGCCAGGGUGAUCCUGCUCUCGACUACACGGUCCGCGCCAUUUUGAACGAGGAAUACCCACGACCACAACGCGUCACGGACGCCCACGACAAAUUCUGGCCGGGCCUCUACAAGCUGUGCACGCACGACUACUGGAAUCGACUGUGGAUCGCGCAGGAAGUGUUCCUAGCUCGAGAAAUUUCGAUCUUGUACGGCCACGUCGAGAUCCCCUGGGACAGUGUCUCGGAGAUUGUGCUCGGGUACGCCGACUCCUCGUGGUUCCUGGAUAGUUCAUCGGACGGGGGGAGUGGCUGCAUGGUCGACCAAGCCAUCCGCGCUACCCCGGCGUUUCCCUUCUUCAUGAGCCGCCAUGUGUCUCACGGCCCGGCGCACUAUGCGUUCCGACUCCAUGAUCUCCUCCGCGAAUACGGCACUUCGCGCUGUGAAGACUCGCGCGACCGGGUCUUUGGAUUGCUCUCAUUGACCCGCCAUGGCAUGCAGUUCCCCGUCGAUUACAACCAGUCGCGGUCCGAGCUGUUCUAUCGAGGCUGGUCGCAUUUCAACACGGACGGCUCUCCCGAGCUGGCGUAUCUGCUCAUGGUGGCUCUGGAAUUGACGCUGGAAGAUCUCGAGGCGGAAAUCGCGAAUGACCCGUCCUUCCAUUGGAAUCCAUCCAGCUGGCUGAGCUGCCGCCCGUCACGGAACCCCGAGCUGCUCAACCCGUGUGUGCGGCGUCCGACGUUUGACCAGAUCUCAGGCGUGUCGGGGGUUCAUCAGUCCUCCUCUGAUGCGGAGUGCUGGACGUGCUAUCUCUGCGACCAGACAGUUCAUCUCCGCCGACCUAAGAGGGACGAACUCAUCUGCUGUCUUGUCCGGUCUGGGUUCCCCAACCACAUCAUCUUUGAGCCCACGACGCCAUUUACAUACCUUCCCGCCGUGUUUACCGUCAUGGAGACGCAAUCUGAUGAUGAUGACGACCACCACCACGACCCCCACCAGCUUAAGAUACAGAAAGAUCCACCAGGACUCAGUGUCCCGCUUGAAGAGUGCAGACUCUCCAUGGUCGAGAGGCCAGAUCGCAUAUUUGCAAAGAUCGAGAUGAGCUGUCCGGCCCUGGUGUUCCUUCUACGCCAAUUGGAGAUGCUCGCUCGACGGGACGCGACCUCGGCGCUGAGAGAAGACAUAUUCUCGUGCGUGGAUGACCGGCUCUAUAGGUUUGUGCUGUCGCUCACGGGCGGCGAGAGUUUUACGAGCACCACCAAAACCACAUUGGAAUAG